UUUUAAUGAGGUUCCAGUUUGGUCCUGGUUAAGGUGAGCCAUUGCUUUUGGAAGGUGAAGUUGAGGGCGAGAGGACCUCACAGACAGACCUCACUAAGGUAGAGAAACGUGUGUGUGUGGGUGUGUGUGAGUACCGAGAGACAAGGCAGCAUUUUGGCCGGUCCUCACAAGGAUUGUCAGCUUAUUUUAAUGAAGUUCCAGUUUGGUCCUGGUUAAGGUGAGCCAUUGCUUUUGGAAGGUGAAGUUGAGGGCGAGAGGACCUCACAGACAGACCUCACUAAGAACUCAUGUGGAUGUGAAUACAGCGAAGACAAAAUGAGCACGGACAGCAAGAGUGUGUUGGACAGUCUCAUCCGGACUGAGGGAGGACUCACGGGGGACCUGGUGACCACCAACGGCGGCCUCAGUGCAGAGGAUGAAGUCGUGGCAGCAACGGUUCACCUGGACCACCUCAACCAGAGUGACCUGAUGAACGUCCUGAAGACAUUGAAGCAGCUUGACAGCAAUGUCGAGGUGUUGACUAAGAAGGACCUGGAUGCCAGCGCUGAUGUGGGCAUCGGUCUGGGAGGCGCUGCAAAGGCGCUUGGAGUCAAUCACAGUCUCGGCACAGACCUGAGUGCGUCUGCUUCGCCGCCAGACUUCUCCCUUCCAAGCGUUAAUGGAAAGCUCAACUCAAGAACGCCUGAUAUAGGGGCAGAAAUAAAUGGUCCCUCUUUAAAUGCUGAUAAGAACCUCAAGUACCACGCCCCCAAAUUCACCAUGCCCAGCUUCAACCUGCCCACGGUCCCGACAGCAAACGUCUCUGGGGAUGUGGACCUUCCCUCUGUCAGUGGAAACGUUGACGCUCCCCGGGUCAAUCUGUCCGGUCCAGAUGUGAACCUUGAAGGUCCGGAUCUCAAUGGUCCCUCCGUGAAGGUGGACACCCCCACCGUGGAUAUCAACGGAGGGGGGAAAUUAAAGUGGUACCAGAAGUUAAGAGGUCUGAAGGGAAAAGGUCCAGAAGCGGACAUAAACACGCCUGGUGUAAAGGUCGACGGGGACCUUGACCCAGCAGGCAUCGGCAUACAUUCACCCAAAAUCGAUGUAGAGGGACCAGAAGUCAAGGGGACGGAUAUGGACCUGAACCUCGCCGCUCCAAAACACCACUGGAAGCUGAAAAAGACCAAACCCGGCCUCAACCUUAACGCCAACGCAGGGGUUGACGUCCCAAAGCCAAAGGUCAACGGUGAAGUAGAUUUACCGGAUGUUGACCUCAAAGCCGAACACCACACCCCCGGCCUUAAGAUCGGAACCUGGAAAAAGCCCAAGUUUGGAUUGGGAGGGGUGAAAGCAAAAUCGCUUGAUCCUGAUGUCAGCCUUUCUGCUCCAGAGGCCUCGGUCAAGGCCCCAGAUGUACCCAACGCAGAUGUCGAUGUCAAAGGCGCUGACUUGGAUAUUGAGCCUCCGAAGUGGUGGCACAAGUUGAAGCCUCGGAAGUUUCACGGCCCCAAACUAAAAGCUGCUGUGUCGGAACCUGACCUGAAUCUUGCUGUAGACACCCCAAAAGCCAAUGUAGAUGUCCCUGACGUCGAUGCAGAAAUUCCUUCCGGCAAAUUCAAAUUGUUCAAGAUAAACAAAUCUGGCACACUGAAGGCCCCGAAGGCCAGCAUCAACCCUCCUGAGGCAAACAUCCAGGUCCCUGACCUGCACGCGAGCAGUCCGAAUCUCAAUGUCCAAGCACCAGACCUCAGUGCUGACGUCAACGUCCCGAAGGCCGACGUCAACAUCGGCACACCCGAGACUAAACAUCGCUUCCCUAAAUUGAAACUUCCCAAAUUCGGGUCAUCAGCACCCAGAGUCAAAGGGCCAACUGUUGACUCUGAUCUUAAUAUUCCAUCAGUUGAUAUAGACGGCAACAUGUCGACUCCUGAAUUAGAUGCCAACAUUGAGGGUCCCAAUGUGGACAUGGACACAAACAAGAAGUUCAAACUUCCAGAUUUCAAAUUCCCAAAAAUUGGAGGGUCAGCACCAAAGGUCCAAGCAGAUCUUGAUGCUCCGGAUUUGGACGUUCCCCCAGUUAAACUGGAUGGCAGCUUGUCUGGUCCUAACCUCGAGGGCGACCUUCCAGGUCUGAGUGCUGAGGCUCCAGGGGUGAACAUUGAUGGUCCAGAUCUGGACAUGAAUGCGCAGAAAAAAAUUAAGCUCCCAGAUAUUAAAUUUCCCAAAUUUGGGGCAUCAGCGCCAAAAGCAGAUCUUGAUGGUCCAGGACUUGAUAUUUCACCUGUUGAUAUAGAUGGCAGCCUUUCAGGUCCAAAAUUAGAUGCUAAUCUUCCAGGCAUAAAACUUGAAGCUCCUGAUGUGGACAUGGACGCGAACAAGAAGUUCAAGCUCCCGGAUUUUAAACUUCCAAAAAUUGGGGGAUCAGCACCAAAAGUCAAAGCAGAUCUUGAUGGCCCCAAUGUAGAUGUUCCGCCAGUGAACUUGGAUGGCAGCCUAUCUGCUCCACAGCUCGAGGCCGACCUUCCUGGUGUCAAAGUUGAUGCUCCAGGUUUGGACAUUGAAGGUCCAGAGAUGGACACAAACAAGAAGUUCAAGCUCCCAGAUUUUAAACUUCCAAAAUUUGGGGCAUCAGCACCAAAGGUCAAAGCAGAUCUUGACGGCCCCAAUGUAGAUGUUCCCCCGGUGAACUUGGAUGGCAGCCUAUCUGCUCCACAGCUCCAGGCCGACCUUCCUGGUGUCAAAGUUGAUGCUCCAGGUUUGGACAUUGAAGGUCCAGAGAUGGACACAAACAAGAAGUUCAAGCUCCCAGAUUUUAAACUUCCAAAAAUUGGGGGAUCAGCACCAAAAGUCAAAGCAGAUCUUAAUGGCCCCAAUGUAGACGUUCCCCCAGUGAACUUGGAUGGCAGCCUAUCUGCUCCACAGCUCGAGGCCGACCUUCCUGGUGUCAAAGUUGAUGCUCCAGGUUUGGACAUUGAAGGUCCAGAGAUGGACACAAACAAGAAGUUCAAGCUCCCAGAUUUUAAACUUCCAAAAUUUGGGGCAUCAGCACCAAAGGUCAAAGCAGAUCUUGACGGCCCCAAUGUAGAUGUUCCCCCGGUGAACUUGGAUGGCAGCCUAUCUGCUCCACAGCUCGAGGCCGACCUUCCUGGUGUCAAAGUUGAUGCUCCAGGUUUGGACAUUGAAGGUCCAGAGAUGGACACCAACAAGAAGUUCAAGCUCCCAGAUUUUAAACUUCCAAAAUUUGGGGGAUCAGCACCAAAAGUCAAAGCAGAUCUUGACGGCCCCAAUGUAGAUGUUCCCCCAGUGAACUUGGAUGGCAGCCUGUCUGCUCCACAGCUCGAGGCCGACCUUCCUGGUGUCAAAGUUGAUGCUCCAGGUUUGGACAUUGAAGGUCCAGAGAUGGACACUAACAAGAAGUUCAAGCUCCCAGAUUUUAAACUUCCAAAAUUUGGGGGAUCAGCACCAAAGGUCAAAGCAGAUCUCGAUGGUCCAGAUGUAGAUGUUCCCACAGUGGACUUGGAUGGCAGUGUAUCGGGCCCAAAGUUAGAGGGUGAGCUUCCAGGUCUCAAUGUUGAUGGCCCUGAUGUAAAUGUUGACUCUCGCAAGAAAUUCAAGAUGCCAGAUUUGAAACUUCCAAAACUCGGAGGUGCAAAACUAAAGGCUCCAGAUGUUCCUGAUGCAAACCUUGAUCUUCCAGCAGCGGACGUUAGUCUCCCUAAGGCCAGUGUUGAGGGACCCAGCUUAAGUUCCCCAAACCUGAACCUUGGUGGGCUUGAUCUCAAUGCUACAUCACCUGAUCUGUCCCUAAAUGCACCAAGUGUGUCUGGACCUCAGCUGGACGUUGACCUCCCCAAAGCAGGGGUUUCCGGUCCAGGUCUGCAGCUCAAGUCGCCCAAUGUGGAUUUGGAUUCUGGCCUGUCCAAGUCUCUAAACCUAAACCUUCCUGGGAUUUCUGGCCCAGGGGUCAAAUCUCCAAGCGCUGAUGUUGAAUUGAACGCACCCAAGAUGGAGGCAGGCGCAGAUGUCAACCUGCAGUCGCCACAUGUCGACAUCGAAAAGCCAAGUAAGCCACAUUUAAAGUUCCCUAAACUGAGCUUCUCCAGAAGUAAAAGUGCGGAGGUCACUACCCCGGAUGCUGAAGUGAAGGCGAGUCUCGACUCGCCGGAGCUCUCUGCUGAUGUGAACGCUGGGGGUAAAAGUUCCCCCAAAAGUCAGUUCAAGUGGCCCUUCAAAUGGGGUUUGAAGUCCAACUCUGGCACUGAUGAGGACGAAGGUGGCGAAACAGCAGCAAUCGACUGGACCGACCCUGGUGCCGCCUUCCCCCAGUUCAAGACUCACAAGCUGCCCAAGGCCAACAUGGACAGCAGCGGGGGAAUCGAGGACAUGCUUCGUCUGAACAAAAUCGACACAGACACGGCGGACUACGUCGUGAGCAAAGGCAUCCGUCUGCCCGUGCUCAACACCUCCUCCAGACCGGCUGAGAAGAUCGACCUCAUGGAAAGGCUGAGGCUGGCGAAGGAGAAGGUCCCGUCACACAACUCAUCGCCGACCGAAGCCAAAACUGACAUCGGCACGAAGCUGGCCGCUGCAAGUCUCAACGCUGGUCUGUUGAAGGAAGCAGAGGAUUCCUCUCUGGUGAGAGGAGGAACCUUCAAAGUGGAGAAGCCUGGAUCCGUCCUGGGCCUGGCGGCCCCCGAAGCAGCCGCUUCUAGUGACAGUGACAGACUCGCGCUGAGCCUCGACAACAUGCUCGGCCUCAACCUCAAAGACUCAGAAGCCGAGUGACUCCUGGCAACAGGAAGAGGGCUGCCUGGGAAGUGUAGAUACAUGGAAGCAUCGUGGUCUGCAGGCUGUUGAGACCCCGUCUGUCCUCGCAGACAAAUCACAUGAUCACGUUUGUAACGAUUGCUGCUCUCAUUAACUCUCUGUACAUUUCUGUUAUUUAUACUCUUUGACAUCAUUUAACUGGGGAGUUUGUUGUUUCCUCAGUAUUCAGCGGCGACACUUGUGUCCAACCUGUGCUGAGACGUCUAAGUUAAGAGAUGUGUUUUGUUACGUUUGCUCAUUAAACUCUUCCACAACAA